AUGGUAGUAGGCGAAAGUGAAGUAGGAAAAACGAGUCUGAUGAUGCGUUACAUAGGAGCGAACUUCCGCAACUAUAGGAAAACGAUCGAUUUUGAGUAUGAAAAGAAACCCCUCUACAUGAAGGGUGAGCAGAUAAAUCUUGGGAUACUGGAUACGGCUUGUAUCGAAAAGUUUCGUUCGGUUAGCCAAAUGUAUUACACAGGCGUCCGUGGUGCCAUUCUGGUGUAUGACGUCACUGACAGGGAGACGUUGAACAUGCUAGAAUCGUGGAUAAGACAGCUGGAAAUGCACGGUACGCACAAAAACAUGGUCAAAAUUAUUGUGGCCAAUAAGAUUGAUCAGCCGUUUCGGGAGGUUAGCAAAGAUGACGGCAUGCAGUUCGCCAAUGAGCGCGGCAUGAUGUACAUGGAAACCUCGGCAAAAACGAACAUAGGUGUAAAGGACGCUUUUGAGGCUCUUGUUCGUAAGAUUAUGGAAACUAACGGAUUGUGGCCACCUGAAUCAGUUAAUAUAAACUAUAACUAUAACUAUAAUUUGGUGGACCAGCAGAGGGCCACCAUACCAGUAACCAAUCAACCAGUAACCAACCAGCCUUCAAUGUUUACCUCCAUAAUUGAGGCUAUCAGCUCCAUUUUCGAAAGCAACCAACGAAAUGUGAACUAUAAUUAA